AUGGCGACGGUUAAUUCUUCUGUGCCGGCGGCGCAGACAAGCUCGAGCACCACUUCAUACACAUCUCAGCCGGAGACAUCAACGUCUGAUUCGUCUACAUCGUCUACCAGCACAACAACUUCGUCUUUGCCACCGACCACUUCAACCAGCACGACCAGCAGCACGACCAGCAGUACAAGCAGUACAAGCAGCACGACCACUAGCACGACUACCAGCAUCUACUCGAACACGGAAGAGGCUCCUACGACUGCAGCCGCGCUGCCUACCACGACAGCCUCUGAAAGUGUUGAGACAACUGUAGUUAGCGAUAGCGGUUCGGUUACGACUAUCGUUAUCACUUCGACAGCUUCUCUAGCAGCCAAUCCAACUGUGGGAUCCUCAUCCACAUCGACAACUAGCUCAUCGGGAACGGCGGCGUCUCAUACGUCCGGAGCCGGAAGUUCGGGUGGACUCUCGGCUGGUGGAACUAUCGCGGUUGCAGUCGUGGUGCCCGUUGUCGGUGUUGCAUUGAUUAUUCUCGCCGCACUCUGGUUCUGGAGGAAAAGAAAGGCAAACAAACUGGCCGAAGAGGAGCGCCGGAAGGAAGCAGAGGAAUACGGAUUCAACCCCAAUAAUGACCCGACUCUCCCUGGCGUAGGCGUUGCAGGUGCAUAUGGCCAGGGCUACGAGCCCAAAGAGGAUCAGUCAGGUUAUCGAGGCUGGGGUACAACGUCCGCCGGCCGGAAGGCCUCCACCAACUUGUCAAGCACACCUGGGGUUGGCAUGGCCAUGUCUGACAACGGUAGCGCACCCGGUUAUCACCACGCUGCUUCGCCAAGCGAUGGCACUAUUCAGUACUCUGAAGGGCAAGGAAGACCGAUCUCGGGCGAAUCAGAGUCUAUUGGUGUUCUGGGGGCGGCUCCCGUCUCUGCCAAUAAUCGCAACCCGGAUAUCCGCCGUGGCCCAUCAAAUGCAUCAUCUGCAUACUCGGCUGGUAAUCAUUCGGAAGCCUCCGACGACAGUCGUAUAUCCGGUGGACACCCCGGUGCCAACAUUUACGACGAAAACCCCUACUAUGGUGACGUCCAGCAACCGUAUGGGUCAUACGGCGAGGGUCCUUACGGUAGCGGACAGCCCGUCAUCCGUGACGUUCAAGCACGGCGAAACACACGGAUCGAGAACCCAGCCGUGUUUCCAAAGCAAGGGAAUGCCGGUAUUGCGCAGAACUUCUGA